CCUCUCCCCUGUUUCGAAGCCCCCCCCACAACACGGGAACCCCGAAUCUCCCCACCUCUCCCCUCCCAUUCGACUAGGGUUUUUCUCUAGGGCUUGGGGAACCUCGGCGAGGCGCGUCGGCGAUGUCGCUCCGGCCGAGCGAGCGGAUGGGGAUCCGCCAGAAGGGCUACAAGGCGUCGAUGGACGCGGCGGAGGGGCGGCGGCGGCGGGAGGACAUCACCGUGAUACUCCGCAAGGCCGACCGCGAUCGCGCCCUCAAGGAGAAGAGGCGGCGCCCCACGGCCACCGCCGCCGCCGAGGGGUUGCCGCAGGCGGCGCACUCGUCGGCCAUCGAGAAGAAGUUGGAGAGCCUGCCGAUGAUGGUGCAGGGGUUGUACUCGGAUGACAGCAGCAUGCAGUUGGAGUCGACCACGCAGUUCAGGAAGCUGCUCUCUGUCGACCAUUGUCCUCCAAUUGAUGAGGUGAUUAGAUCUGGAGUGCUCCCUCGCUUUGUGGAAUUCCUCACCAGGGAGGAGUACCCCCAGCUCCAGUUUGAGGCAGCAUGGGCUCUCACCAAUAUUGCUUCAGGAACAGCAGCCAACACAAUGGCAGUUAUUGAACAUGGUGCUGUGCCCAUCUUUGUGAAGCUCCUCAGCUCACCAAGAGAGGAUGUCCGUGAACAGGCUGUCUGGGCCCUGGGAAAUGUGGCUGGGGAUUCCACAAAAUGCCGUAACCUGGUUCUUAUGCAUGGUGCAAUGUUACCGCUACUGCAGCAGCUCAAUGAGCAUGCUAAACUCUCGAUGCUGAGGAACAGUGCCUGGACCCUUUCUAACUUCUGCCGUGGCAAGCCGCAGCCUGACUUCAAGCAUGUUGAACCUGCGCUUCCAGUGCUGCGGGAGCUCAUCCUCUCUCAAGAUGAGGAGAUCCUAACGGACUCAUGUUGGGCACUCUCUUACCUGUCAGAUGGUUCUAAUGACAAUAUACAAGCUGUGAUUGAAACUGGCGUGUGUGAUUGGCUUGUUGAGCUCCUUAGCCAUCCUUCACCUGUGGUGCUCAUUCCUGCUCUCCGCACGGUUGGCAACAUUGUAACUGGGGAUGAUGCGCAGACCCAGUGUAUUGUUGGUCAUCCCCAAGCACUUCCCUGUCUUUUCAAUCUUUUGACAACAACUCAAAAGAAAAGCGUCAAGAGAGAAGCUUGCUGGACAAUCUCCAACAUCACAGCUGGAACUAAAGAGCAGAUUCAGGCUGUGAUCGAUUCAAACAUAAUUGCUCCUCUAUUGCAUCUGUUGCAACAUGCUGAGUUUGAUGUCAAAAAGGAGGCUGUUUGGGCAAUUUCUAAUGCCACAUCUGGUGGGACAUUCAAUCAGAUAGAGUAUCUUGUUAGUCAGGGUUGCAUCAAGCCGCUUUGUGAUUUACUUGUUCACCAAGAUUCCAAAACAGUGUUAACUUGUUUGGAGGCCCUUGAUAAUAUCUUGAGGGUUGGGGAGGCUAAGAAGAACUUGGGGGCUUGUAAUAUGAACAUAUUUGUGCCGAUGGUUGAUGAAGCUGAUGGCUUGGACAAAAUUGAGGAUCUCCAGAACCAUGACAAUGUUGAGAUAUAUAAUAAGGCAGUUUAUGUGCUUGAGUCAUACUGGGUGCAGGAGGAUGACCAACAGCCCUUUCUUAUUCCAUCUGUAUCUGAAUCUGAAUCUGACAAUGAAAUGUUUCAGUUUGGCAGUUUCGGUAAAGGUAAAUUUCUAUUCACUAAUGGUUGGAACUGUGAAUCUGAAUCUGACAAUGAAAUGUUUCAGUUUGGCAGUUUCGGUGAAGUGCCCGAUUUGGAUGGAAAUGCACCGUAGCUGUCUGUUCAGGGGGCUUUCCAGAAUCGGAGAGUCAAGUUAUCCGAGUCAUGGUUUGGUCCUGCUAACUUGUUAUGAGGCAGCAGUCAGGGUUCGUCCGAUAAGAGCAAGGUCAGGGUAUGGCAAUUAGGUACAUUGCUUUUGUGUGGUUCGGGUGUCUUGUGUAUAGCGGUUGGUUCAUAUGGAUUAUGGUUCUCCACACAAGGGGGUGGGUACUGGAAAUUGGUCGGUCGGGGAAGGGCAUACUCUUGCUUGUGUUGUCGGGUUAGCUAUUACUUUUACCUUCCUUUCAGUAGCGUAAGCUGGUAUGUCUGUGGAGGUAAAAAAAAAAGGGAAAAGACAAAAAUACUUGGAAGCUGUAAAGCCAUAGUUUACAUUGUUGUUAAUCAUGAGAACCCAGUGGGUUUUGGAAUU